CUUCCGGUGCGGUGGUGUGUUGGCGUGCUUGCGUGUGGGGCGAGCACCGUGAUUUGACUGUUGCCGGGUCGUGUGUAGCGUCGACGGAGUGAGACGUACUCCUUUUCGAACAGUUCGGGCAGCUGUCGCUGCAAGCAUAACUUCGGCAGUGUGUGGAGGAGAAAAACCAGUGAUCUACGCAGAAAAGGAGGUACUAUAUUUUUUAUUUUGGAGCGGAAGCCUGGAAAGGAAUUGGUUUUUCUAAAUAUCAAAGAGGAUAUGAAGGAACCGGCAGCGAAUGAAGACUUGAUGGUGAAGAAGGAGCCCAGUGAGAUAGUUUUCCCUCUAAUCAAGGAGGAGUCUGUGAAUGAACUGGCAACUCGUGGUGUCCGCUGUUCCGAGCAGAAGCCGUGCCAGGUAGUCUUCCCUCCAAUCAAGGAGGAGUUGAAGAAUGAACCGCCGGCAGACGGAGACGUCUGUGUGAAGCAGGAGCCGAGCGAGCUGGGUUUCCCGCCAAUCAAGGAGGAGUUGGAUGAACCAUGUGGAGACAGCUGGCAGCCAGAACCCGGCAGUUCCUCUGCCAGCCAGGACUACACUCUGUGCAAGCAACAAGUGAAGGAGGAGAUAACUAUAGAAGAGCACCCUAUAGCUGCAGCCACAGCAGCUGGAUGGAAUGAACCACACAGCUGUGUGGGUUACCAUGGCAACACUUCAUCAGGAUGCAUCGGACACAAAUCCCAAGACUCGCUGGAUACCAGCAGCUUAUUCAAGGGAGAAGUGACCAACACUGACUGCACAAAAUUAUCAAGCUGCACAACAAGUUACCUUGGAUCUACUGAUAAUUGUGUUAGCAUACAGGAUAGUUCAUGCACUUAUACACCAACAGAGCAGAACACUAAUAUACAUAGAGGCAAACAACCUCUCUCAUGUCAAAUAUGUUCUGCUAAGUUCAGCUGUUCUAGUCAUCUGAGACGGCACACUGGUCUACACACUGGACAAAAACCUUUCUCAUGUACAGUUUGUUCUGCUAGGUUUAACAAUGCUAGUUCUCUGAAGCAGCACACUUUUAUACACACUGAAGAAAAACCUUUCUCAUGUACAGUUUGUUCUGCUAGAUUUAACAAUGCUAGUUCUCUGAAGCAGCACACUUUUAUACACACUGAAGAAAAACCUUUCUCAUGUACAGUUUGUUCUGCUAGAUUUAACAAUGCUAGUUCUCUGAAGCAGCACACUUUUAUACACACUGAAGAAAAACCUUUCUCAUGUACAGUUUGUUCUGCUAGAUUUAACAAUGCUAGUUCUCUGAAGCAGCACACUUUUAUACACACUGAAGAAAAACCUUUCUCAUGUACAGUUUGUUCUGCUAAGUUUAGCCUGGCUAGUAAUCUGAAGCAACACAUACAUAUACAUACUGGAGAAAAACCUUUCUCUUGUACAGUUUGUUCUGCUAAGUUUACCCAGGCUAGUCAUCUUAGGCAGCACACUCGUAUUCAUACUGGAGAAAAACCUUUAUCUUGUACAGUUUGUUCUGCUAGGUUUAGGAAUGUUAGUAAUCUGAAGCGACACAUACGUAUACAUACUGGAGAAAAACCUUUCUCUUGUACAGUUUGUUCUGCUAAGUUUACCCAGACUAGUCAUCUUAGGCAGCACACUCAUAUACAUACUGGAGAAAAACCUUUCUCAUGUACAGUUUGUUCUGCUAGGUUUAGCAAAGCUUGUAAUCUGAAGCAGCACACACGUAUACACGCUGGAGAAAAACCUUACUCGUGUACAGAUUGUUCUGCUAAGUUUACCCAGGUUAGUCAUCUUAGGCAGCACACUCGUAUACAUACUGGAGAAAAACCUUUCUCUUGUACAGUUUGUUCUGCUAAGUUUACCCAUGUUAGUCAUCUUAGGCAGCACACUCGUAUACACGCUUGUGAAAAACCUAUCCAAUAAAGAGAAUAUUUGUCACACUUAACUUAUUUUAGUGUUUUAAAUAUCAUAUUAUACAAAUGCUCUGUUAUAACAUUUCAUAUUCAUUAUAGUAUUUGUCCUGUUGCCGAUCCAAAGGAGGUUAGUGAUGGGGGCUGCAGCCCUUUUUUAACUUGAAUAGUGACCAUUAGUUAACAUGUCUAAGUUUCAUAAUUGCAUUAUCUGAAUACAAAAUCAAAGUGUACUUUAUAAGGCAUUAUGGUUACAUGUAAUUAUUUUAUUUUUUGUUUCUUUUACUGACAUGAAUAUGCUUGGGUAAGGUGUAUCUUCAGUUAGACACUAGGGCUAUGUGCAAACAGACGUUUUUUUGAAGCAAAUAUUCCAUUUUUUUUUUUUAAUUUUUAAUCUUUUUUUUUACUUAUUUUCAGUAUUCACUUAAGUUUACAAAAAUGCAAUUUGUAUUAAUUAUUUGCUAAAUAGAAAGUGCUGGUUAGUUGCUCAGAAGUGAUUUAAAGGGUCGUGUAUAACCUUUAAAGUAGUUUCACAAAAUUCUUACAGAGUGCAGUGUCGUAGCUGCCAAUCACAGAGGAUUGUCCUUCACCUCUGUUUCAGACAGCCAACCACUAGCUCAUGUUACUCAGAGAUAAAACUGAGCACAUAUAAUUUACCUUCUAACUGGCUAAUGAUCUCAACAUACUUUCACAUGGCUGGCUGUGCAUUUAACUGAGAAAAAGUGUGUCUCGCGAGUGCCUGUCUCUGGUAUAGUCCUUUCGUGGGUAUUACAACCUGUUUAUUAGAUAUAAUGAUAAUCAGUGAAAUUAAAGAAAAAUCUACAUUAAUAAAUGAUUCACAUCUGAAGAACAAAGUGAAUUUCCACAUUUUGUUACUACCCUGUUUUAUCACAUAGUCGUCACACUUUUAGUACAGUGUAACUCUGUUAAGACAUUUCAAGGGACUUUCUUCAAAAAAUUUUUAAUGUGGAUAAAGUGACCAAUGGUAACAUUUUCUUAUGACAACUGGGGCCUAAGAAGCUUAAAUUUCUUAUUGAAAAUAUAAUUCUACUUGAAUAAAUGGUUAAAUAAAAAUUUUAAAAAUGUAUACAAAUCUACAAAACAAAAAUAUUUCUAGCAUCUGCUUAGAAUAACUUGACAAUGAAAAUUAUGUCCUAAUGUUUUUAGGGUAUCCUAUACUUAUAACUUUUGUCAUUUUGAUACACACUUACUACUAGGGCUGUCCAGUUCAGGGCUUUAUUGCUGUGUUCGAAUCCGGUUCGGGUUUACAUCAAGAACCUCGUUUCUCGAUUCCAGUAUUGGUUCUUGUAAAUAAAAAAAAUUAUCUAUUUUGCUACAAUAAAUAUGAAUGAAGUUUACUGGUUCAAUAUUUAAUUAUUGAAAACAAUUAAAAACCACAGAAAAGAAGCGUACUCUUUACCUUAGCCUAAAACUUUAUUUGUUUGAGUAUUUUAAAACUAACCUCAAACCUUUGCUGUCAUCAAAUUCCUGAUAGCAAAGAUACUUUCUAAUUUUAUGAUUUAUAUAAUUGAAACUCAUUUAUAUAUUUUUCUUACAAUUCCUGUAUUCAGUUUUGAUGUUGGUAGUUUUACAACGUACUGUAUGCUUGCAUGGUUUGUUUAUAUUGUAAUUGGCUGGAAAUAGUAACAUUCUAACUGACAAAAAACAGUACCACCAAUAUACGAAAUGAAGUGAAAGAUGAUACAUUGUUUCAACGGUAUUUGUGCCAUCACUGUUUUGUUAUUGUUUGAAACUUCUUCUUUGUUAAGCAGAGAACACAUGGAAAAAUGUUUGUAGCAGCCAGCCACUAUUAACAUCAGGAAUUCUAUGAAUGUAUAUACAAUGCUUUAACGAAGAUAAAAAUUAACCAAUUAAAUUAUUAUGGCCAAAAAAUUGGUGAAACCUAGAUGGCUUGUUCCGGUUCCUGUGUCUCCAGAAAAUUUGUUGUAACUAUACCCUAUUACAUAACUUUUUUGUGCCUUGUUACAUUGCAAGAUGUUGGCAACAUUGAAAGAAUGUGUGGUAUUUUCCCUUUCCCACAUGAUUAACAUAUCACCACGCGAAGUAACAAAAAGAAACAAAUUUUCCCGGAACCAAAACCGAAGAUUUUAAGAGUCAGUUCCACGUCAGGUAUUUUAAAGGGAACUGAAACCGGAACCAAAAAAUCACAUGGGAGUAAUAAUCACGAAAAAGUGAAAGAUAUCAAAUUUUGUUUUCUCAGCACCAGAGAGUGUGCUAGAUGCAUGCCAUCUGCGAGCUAUCGAUAUUGAUAUUUGACUACGUGUACGCACUUUUUACAGGCAAUAACGUAACCAAUCAUGAUGCCAACUAGUGCUGGCUACCUUUUCAUACGCACUACACAGAGGUGACGGAAGAAUUUACACAUCUACCAACUAUUUAUUUCUUUCAAUUAAUUAAGUAAACUGUAAUGUAAUGUAUAAUGGAUUUUAACUUUAAAUAUUCAUUUUAAACCAGUACAGGAUUUUUAGGCAAUCUUUUACAUAGGAAAAAAUAACGUACUACAUAUGGAGGAAAUGGCGGGACCGAAAAAUUUAACCGUAUUAGAUGGGAAAUGGUAUUGUACUGUGCGGGAACUUAUCAAACAAGUUUUACUGAACUAUAAUGAAGUUUGAAAAUAAGGGGUGCAAUUUUUAUGCAAUAAAAAGCAUUUUUUUUAGGUUAAUUUUUUUCAUAAUACAUGAUGCAUGGAAAGUAUGUUUAAUUAAAAGAGCAGACCAUACAAAAGCACCCCAAAUAUUUUAAUUAAUUAUUUAUUCAAGAUUUUGUUAAAAAAAAUUUUCAUCAUGAUUCAGAAGUCAUUAACGUGUCUUUUCCAUUGUAACCUGGAAGAGAGAAAAUGAAAACAUUAAAAAUUACACAAUAGGUACCUAGUCCAAAUAAAACACAUACUGGUAAUUUAUCUCAAAAGAGAUAUUCGGCAUCACUUAUUUCCGUACUUGAAGAAAAUAUAUUUCUGUCGAGGUGGUUUUCUGAAUCGUUUCCAUUCCCAUCACGCUGCCAGAUGUGAUCUUCACUUCCAUCAAUAGUGAUAGAGAUACUAAUUUUCCUGAAGCUUUGACUACCAGUUCAAAAGAUUUAUCUGGUACCAGCUUGCCAUUAUCCACUCGCAUACUUUUUACAACAAUGCCUUUUUAUUUUUCUUGUGGGAUAUUGUGCAUGUUCACCAGUUGACAUCCAUUCUGCAUAAUAACUGUGUUAACUGUCUUUGAAAGGCAUAUUCACACACACAUCAAAUGGUUGUAAAACUUACAUUUGGACACUUAAAAUUAUGCCUUCGAUUAUUUUCAGCUCUGGCUACACAAGGUGACCUUGGAAACUGUAAAGCAAAGAUAGCUGUGUAAGUAACAGCCUAGAACGAUUAUUCCAUGCACACUUCACCCAGUCCAACGUUAACUUCUAGUCCAUCCACACUUUUUCUGAGUUCAUACAAGCAUUCCACGUGGAAAAUUCCUUUAGGAAAGUUUUACGUUUAAUAAUGUGUGGUAGUAGUUAACUUCUGUCAGCCUUUAUUACAGCGUGAAAUUGCAUCUCAUCUUCUCAUUUCCUGUUCUUAUUGUAACACUUACUGCAUUUUUUUCCAAACAAGUAGGGUGUAACGGAAUAUCAAAGUAGACAGGCGUCUGGUAUGCAUUACCAAUUUAAGUAAGCAUUCAUGCAGAAUCUUCAAGCUUGCGGACUGAAAACGGGGAAUCUUGCAAUUUUUUCUAUGUAAUCUGCAGGAAGCCAUUAUAACUAUUCAGACAUAUACAUACAUUUAUAUUUAUAUUAUUUACAAUUUUUUCAGGCAGGACAUGCACUGAUCCACUGUGCCAUGCCCCUGACUUUACGUCAAUUUAAAACAUAUUGUUGAAACGUAAAUUCAACAUAACUAACAAAUUCUUUUAAUAUUUAAAAAAAAAAAAAAACUGCAUUUGUACAUAUUACACAUUUACCAGGCACCCAAAUGAAAACAAGUAUUGCAUAAGCUAUAAUCAGGCAAACGAAACACUGACAAUUUAUUCACUUUAUUUUGGUAGCCUCAAUUUUAUUGAUCUGGCAUACCAGGCAUUUUGCAUAUUCUACUAAUUUGUAUAGAACGUGAUUUUUUUUAUUACAAAACAAGCACUAAAUAUUUCUUGCACAGUUUAAAAAGUGAUUAGUCAUCCAGUAGUUAAAUUAACAUUAUAAAGAUAACACUUCGGAUUCAAACGGCUUGUCCAAGUUUUUUUUUUUUUUUUUUUUUUGCUUGUAGUUCUGGGCUCACCAACAGAUAGCGCCACUUGUCGCUGUAUGAGUCAUACUUCUGUAUAUCUUCGUCCUUGUUCUGUGAGCGAGUUGGCACCCCGGCCGUUAGCGUGGCAAUGUGUGUUAAGUCUUACGUCGGUACGACUGGUCUUACGUCGGCAGUCUACGCGGACGGGAGCGCUACGUAACGCGCAGUGCGAGCGAUAGUGUUUUUGCGAGCCAUUGAGCGGUGUAUGACUUGACUACGUGGCUCGAAGCACAAGAAAUACUGGGCAAGGCCCGGUGGAGGCUAUAUUUUCUACUAGACCAUCGCCAGCGCAGUUUACGGUAAGUUCAUUUGAUCUGACAUUUUAUUCUGGUGGUGGAUUGGAUGGUCAACGAAUGCAUGGCUCACAGACUUAAAUCAGAUGGUUUGUCAUAAUUUGGUGUUUGAGCAAGUUCAUAGUUUAAGAUGUUUGCCUGCUAAAGAAACAUUCUUGAAUAUUGUUUAUAAUUAUAGUUAAUUUUUUUGGUACGUGCCCAGCAAGUUACAAAACUGUCCCUCACUUCGUAGGUAGUAUUCGUAAACUUGGUGAUUACUACAUUUGCUGUCGUCGUUUAGUUUAGAACUGUGAGACGUAUUUAAAAAUUGUGAUUUUUGAAGUGAAGCUUCAUUCCUGAGAUGGUAACAAAUUUCGAGCGUUACGAAAGUUACGUUGGCAUGAGGGGAACUACUAGAUAAUAGGUGAGGGAAAUAGUUAGGUACUUGGUGGAGGAACCGGGAGAGAAGGCGACGGCAGGGAAAGGUAGAAAUGAUGAAGCAUAAUUGCUCUAUUGCGUUCUUGCUUAUGCUAUUGUGCUACUGCGCUCUUUUACUCUCGCGAAUUUUGCACUAGUUUGUUGGUGGUGGACGUCGCGCUAUCCCCACUCCGGGGCCGGUGGCACUGACGGUGAUCGCUGGAGCAGCCUUGAGCGGGCUCCACGUGGUUGAACCCCACCACGCUGCAGGGAUAGGCGGGUCGCCUGCGCCUGACGCCACACCGGCUUGGGAAGAGGGCAGCAAACCGGGUUUGAGCUUAUUGUUGUGCACCGCGCCACGGGCCGUCUAGCAAGAACAUACUGUUCUUUCAUGUAUGUAUUAUGAACUUAAUUACUCGAAUAAUCAGUUUUAUUAAACUGACUACACACGUCCAUUUGGACAACUAGUUAAGCUCCAUAAACUAUCUAAUUAUCAGCAAGCUUUAAGUUUACGAACAAUUUAACAUUUAAGUUUUUUUAUAAAUGUGCGAAAACUUUUAGUACUUACUUUUAUUCAAAGAAUAAUUAUUUAUUUAUUCUUGUGGAAAUGAGUGAUUUAAUUUGAGAUCAUACCCACAUCCUUACUAUUCUCAAUUAUUAUCUCUUGUUCUAUUAAAAAAUAUUGGUAAUUUAUCUCGUGUGUGUGUGUGUGUGUGAGAGAGUGAGUGAGUGUGUGUGUGAACCAGUAUAAUUAUAUUUCUCAGCAAAAUAUUGAUAAUUCAAUAAAAAUUAUUCAAUAUUAUUCAUAAAAAUAUGCAGAGGUAGAUUUUAUCAUACAAAAGAUAAAAAAAUUAAAAAAAGAAAUUACUUCCUCAAAGAAUAGCAAUUUUUAUUGCCUAAAUGGUUUGGUUGCAAAAACCUAUUAGUCUCAGGCCGAAUUGGAUAUUUCAUUUUCUUCUGGAUCAAUCAUUUCAUCAAUGUUUUAUCCCUUGUAACAUGUCAGGCUACCAAAGAAAUCUGCUGAGAUGGCUUCGUCAUGAGGAGCACGUUUCUUUUCUUGGGCUCUUCGUGAGGAAGCCAUCCUGGGAGGUUUCUCCCGGGUUGCGGAGUUUCGCUGAUUUUUUUUUUCUGUUUGUUUCAAUUUUAGUAUGUUAGAAUUUGAACGAAUGUUUUUACCUUUAUAUUUAAGCAUUUAUCAAUGUGUCUUCAUUGUGGGUUUCAAAAUAUAAAAAAAAAAUAUCUUUAAAUAAUACCUUUAAUACACUUGAGCAAAAUGCAGGAUUUUGUAUCUCUAAAAAAUGUAUACAAAUAAAAAAACACUCAUAAAAUAGUAUUAUAAAUAUGUCCAUACAACAACCGUAUUUUACGUAACUUGCCUAAAAAUAUUCAAACUCCAUAUUGCAUGAUUACGAGUUUCUUUUUACUAAUUGAACGACACAUUUUUAUAUAAUUUAGCUCAUUUUCCACUUAACUGACUUAGAUUAUGGACAAGAAAAAAAAUUGUUUUCAUUGCCGUGAUUCUAACCGGAAAAGUUAAUAAUAAGUGCGCUCUCUGCCGAUGUUCUAUUAAGUCAAUUAAAGGAAUGUGAGUAUUAUAAUUAUAAUUAUCAUUAGGGAUUUUAAACCUUGAGACUACUUUUUACUAUGACUAUUUUAGUUUACCUAAUAUAUUUUACUGUAGUUUCACUGUCAUAAAUACCAAUGUACACUAAUGUUUACGAAAAUGAUUACUAUAAACGGGUUUACUACACGUGACAGCUAUCUUUGAGAUCCUUUUCCAUGAAUUUACUCCUACCGAGAGCUUAUAAUACAUAAAAAUUUUUUAAAACUUCUUACUAUCAAAUUUGUUCAAAUUUAUUUCACCUUUUAAAUCUUAAUGCUUCUCCGAUCCAACAGGUUGGGUUAUGGUGUAUGUUUAUGGCAAUAUGGGUACUAUAUCUGAAAUUAUCUGGUCACUCUUCCGGCAUGAUCAACUGUAAGAUACGGAAAUUCCAUCAGUCCGUGUUGAUUUCAGCACAGUUGGUGUACAUUUAAUUGAACCAAUAGCCAUUCAGUUCCCAGCGAAAUACGUGCUGGCUGCACUGUAGAUGAUGCUGUUGUUUAUUUGGAGCUCAUAUAGCUCUCGGUCGCGUAAAAUCACUGGAUGGUCUCUCAUUAGUACUUCAUUGCUUUAAGAUAACAAGAAAAGUUCCAUGUAAUGUUGACACAGUAGCUGAAAUGACUAGAUUACGUGAACAUAUAGUCAUUAUGAAAAUGAAAGAAGAGAGCACCUCACAUUUUUAGUUAUUCAGAGUUUUGGUGCAUUAUUUGGCUGAUAAACAAAAAAAAAGUUUUAAAUUGUAUUUUUUAAAAUUUCUAGUUCAUUCAACGAUAAAAGCAUGAAUUUAUUAGUUUUUUUUUUUAAACUAUAAGCUUAAUUUAUUAUUUAGCCUCAAAAUAAAAAUAUUGAA